AUGUCCUCCAACGUCGGCCUCUCAACCCCGCGCGGCAGCGGCACAUCGGGCUAUGUGCAACGCAACUCCGCGCUCCUCAAACCCCGCAGCGCAGGCUACGGCGCUCCCUACCCACCCAUCAGCGGCGCAAACGGCAGCGGCCCGAUGGACCGACCAUUCAAGCAGCGAAUGCCGGACAAGCAGAUCCUGGAGCACGACCGCAAGCGCGCGAUCGAGGUGAAAGUGAUGGAAGAGCGGGAGCGACUGGAAGAGGAGAAUGAGCGGAUUGAAGAGGAGGCGGAUAAGAAGAAGGAGAAGAGUGGAGUUAAGAAAGAAGAAGAUGGUGAAGCGGAGGGAGAGAAGGUUCUGAGUGAUGAGGAGAUUGAUGAGCGGUGUGAUGCUCUUCGGCAGCGGUUGCUGGAGGAGCUAGAGGAUGAUUUGAAGCGUGCCGAAUCCGGAUUUAAGAAGCCUGUGUCUGGGGCUGGGGGUGGAGCUGGAACUGGGAGGGAUAGGCGCAAUCUUAAGUCCUAUCAGGUUCAUGAGCUUGCUGAGGCGAAGAUUGAGGAGACGGAGAGGUUGCGGAGGGCUUUUGGGUUGAGGAGGAGGAUCUGGGAGACUGGGGAGAUUUCUAGUUCUCGUGAUUAUCGGGAGAAGAGGAGGGAUUAG